AUGUGGAGUAGGGACCGACCCCGGGAGCAGCCGGGGAAAGGCUUGGAGAGGGGGGGCAGCGCCGCCCGCUCGGGGCGGUCCCAGCCCGGUGCAGGGGGGGAGAGUCCGGGGCGGAUAAAAGCCGGGGCGGCGGCGGCGGGGCCGGGGCAACCGGGCAGGAUGAGCGCGGCCCCGGGCACCUCCCGCGCCCCCCAGCCGCUGCUCCGCUUCCCCGACGGGGCGGGCGGGCCGGGCGGUGGGCGGGUGGCGGCGAAGACCGGUGCCCCGGGGCCGUGUCCCUGCCCCUGCCCGGGGGGGCCGCGGAAGCGGCGGCGUACCACGUUCAGCCGGGGGCAGCUGUCGGAGCUGGAGCGGGCCUUCGCCGCCGUGCCCUACCCGGACAUCGCCACCCGGGAGCGCCUGGCCGAGCUCACCCAGCUGCCCGAGGCCAAGAUCCAGGUCUGGUUCCAGAACCGUCGUGCCCGCAGGAUCCGCAGCACCAAACCAGAGCCACCACAGCUACCGCCGCUGCCACCACCCGGGGAGAGGGGUCCCCCUGCUACACCCCCCGAUGGCACUGCCAUGAGCCCGACCCCUGUCCUCCCUCCGCCAGGAGCCCACAGUCCCGCUCGGAGCCUCCCCACCUCGCUGGGCUCUAUCUCUGACCUCAUCUACAGUGCAGCCAUCACCAACCUGGGCGAGCCGUAGCUGUGAUGGGGAACCCCCUGCCACCAGGGACCCUCCCAGCACUGGGCCCCCCCCAGCUUAGCACUACAAUUUCAUUAGGGUGUGGAAUUACUGCUGGUCCCAGAGGUCCUGAGGAUGCCAUCCAAUAUCCUAAAUGCCGGUGUGGCUGUGGCGGGCCCAACUCCCCAUCAGCCCCCUAAUACCGUCUAAUCUUUUGGAAAAAAAUACCUUAAUCUGGGGCUGUAUCCAUGGAUGAUUGUGGCGCGGCCGCCCCUAAUCCGCAGGCACGUUCGCAGGUGCUGGCAGAUCCCCCUGUAUCGGAUAUUAAAGCGCGUUUGCAGAGGGGCUUAGCUGCCAUCAGAACAUUAAUCACCGUGUCCAGCCCUGGCAGGCUGCCCACCUGGCAGGUGUCCGGUCCACAGCGUCCGGUGGUGCCACCGUGGGAGUGUCGACCUGUUCCAUGGCACCCGAGAAGCCCCCUGUAUGUCCCCACCCCACCUACAAAAGCUGGGCACCCUUUGGCAGGGGAUGUAGAGCCACGUGCCCCUUGCAGCCUUGUCUGCCUGUGGGAGGCUCCGCUGCACCCCAUGGCACCGGCAGGCACCUCGUGCUCCUCCCCAAAACACUGACGCUGAGUGCGGGAGCAGGCGGGAGCAGCGAGGGAGUGGGCAGGAGCAGGAUGUGGGAUGCAGAGGGAGAACGAAGAUUCUCAGCUCUCUGUGGUGUCUUUUAGGCGUCAGGUCAACAGACGGCUCCCAUCAGGCAGUACGAAGGUUGCAAACACGCAACAUAAUUUAUUUUCAAGCUAAACGGACAGCAGCUUCACAGGAGAAUGGGAACAGCACAGCUAUGUCUCUCUGUGCUGGGGGAUGAGAGUCCACAGCCACUCCCUCUUCUGUUCCGCAGCUGCAGGAUUUUUAAUCCAUGAUUCGUUUCAGGAACGUUAAGGAGCGGGAAGCAAAGGACGAGGCCUGAGGAAAGCAGCGGGCUCUUCCUGGUAGCAGCAGCAGGUACAAACAGAUGGUAGAAGAUAAACCUGCCCCAAAUUAAUGACUCCUGGGGAGGGCGAAAGCCUCCAGCGCAAGGGCCAUAGUUCAGGAGGACACGUGCGAUCACAGUUUGCCAAGGUCCCCUUCGAGGGUCCGCACCAUCACGUACAGCUCGGCCAAGCCAACAACUGAGGCCACGAUUACCGCUGAGAGGACGCGCUGGGGACACAAAAAGAGAGAGAAGUGACCCCGUGUGUGCCUGGAGCUGCUGCCCGCGCUGAGGAGCGCGUCUGCCGCUCUGAGGCCAGGGGUCACUCACCGCUGCGGUCUCUGCGAAGACGUACUGGCUGCCCAGGUACGUGCAGGCGAAGGCGGCCGCCACGGUGACAAAGAAGUUGAAUAUGGUGAUGACAACGGCUUUGACAGAGCGAACUGGAGAGAAGGGGGAGAGGCUUUAGGUAAGGCCGGGAGAGCCAGGUGGGGAACAAGCUGUCAUCCCGCUGAUGGAGCCUGCCCGCGGCUGCCUCGGCUGGGCUACAGCGAUGCUCCAGAAUGCUUUAUGCCUCCAGAAAUAUUUAUAAGAAAAACCAACAGGCUGCUCCUUGACUCGAGCAACACUGUUGUGCAUUAAAACCUUUGGUGAGAUAUUCAGAGAGGGAAGGGCUGUCUGAGACAACAGCUCGCGAUGCGGUUGUCCCCAGGACUGCCCUGGAGGUACACGCUGCCAGGCGUCAGCAGGACAGGCAGCCACUCACCUUGCCUCCCAAAUUCAGCCAAUGUCCCAUUCAUCUCCUAAAAGAAGGAAUUAAAACAACUUGUGAUCUGUUGUAUUUUAAUGUUAACCGUAUAAUAAAAGCAACACCAAUGCCC